AUGUCCACGGUCAAUGGGACUGCCGCUGAUGGCCAUGCGGAUCAAUAUGACCACGCCAAAGUGGCCCAUUUCAUAGGUGCCAACUCUCUUGAUGUCGCACCCGCAAGUAGAGUAACAGACUUCGUAAAAGCUCAAGGAGGUCACACCGUAAUAACCAAGGUGCUCAUCGCAAACAAUGGUAUCGGUGCUGUCAAGGAAAUCCGAUCCGUCAGAAAAUGGUCGUAUGAGACCUUUGGAUCAGAUCGUCAGAUUGAGUUCACCGUCAUGGCUACUCCUGAUGAUUUGAGGAUCAACGCAGAGUACAUCCGAAUGGCGGAUAGAUAUGUAGAAGUUCCUGGUGGUUCUAACAAUAACAAUUAUGCCAAUGUCGAUUUGAUCGUUGACGUAGCUGAAAGAGCUGGUGUACAUGCGGUUUGGGCUGGAUGGGGUCAUGCAUCAGAAAACCCUCGACUUCCUGAAACCCUUGCCAAAUCCAAGAUCGUCUUCAUCGGUCCUCCAGGAACAGCUAUGCGAUCAUUGGGAGACAAAAUCUCAUCCACCAUCGUUGCUCAGCACGCCAAAGUACCUUGCAUGCCUUGGUCUGGUACCGGUAUCUCAGACACUAUACUCUCUCCUCAAGGUUUCGUAACCGUCCCCGAUGACGCUUAUAGCGAGGCUUGUGUCCACUCGUGGGAACAAGGUCUUGAGAAGGCGGAGAAGAUUGGAUGGCCUAUCAUGAUCAAAGCUAGUGAAGGCGGUGGUGGUAAAGGUAUCAGAAAGGUUGAGGAGGCCGAGAAGUUUAAGAACGCUUUCCAAGCAGUAGCGGGUGAAGUACCUGGUUCCCCAAUCUUCAUCAUGAAGCUCGCUGGAUCAGCACGACAUCUCGAAGUUCAACUAAUGGCCGAUCAGUAUGGUAAUGCUAUCUCCCUUUUCGGUCGAGAUUGUUCCGUUCAACGACGACACCAAAAGAUCAUUGAAGAAGCUCCCGUCACAAUCGCUCGACCCGACACCUUUGAGGAGAUGGAGAAAGCUGCAGUACGACUCGCUAGACUUGUCGGUUACGUCUCUGCGGGUACCGUCGAAUACCUGUAUUCUCAUUCCGAUGAUUCCUUCUACUUCCUUGAACUCAAUCCUCGUCUUCAAGUAGAGCAUCCUACUACCGAAAUGGUCUCUGGUUGUAACAUUCCCGCUAUCCAACUCCAAGUAGCUAUGGGUAUCCCCUUGCACCGAAUCAGAGAUAUCCGAACGCUAUACGGUAUGGACCCUCACGGUGUCACCGAAAUUGACUUUGACGGUACACGACCUGAAUCUGCCAACACACAGCGAAAACCUAAACCAAAAGGUCACGUUAUUGCUUGUCGAAUUACUGGUGAAAAUCCAGAUGCUGGAUUCAAACCUUCUUCCGGUAAUCUUACCGAGCUCAAUUUUAGAUCCAAUUCGAAUGUCUGGGGUUAUUUCUCAGUCUCUUCCGCCGGUGGUCUUCACGAAUAUGCCGAUUCUCAAUUCGGUCAUAUCUUCGCUUAUGGUAUGGAACGUAGUGAAGCACGUAAAUCAAUGGUAGUUGCUCUGAAAGAACUCUCCAUUCGAGGUGAAUUUAGAACUACUGUUGAAUACCUUAUCAAAUUGCUCGAAAAACCUGAAUUCGAGAACAACACUCUUACUACUCAAUGGCUUGAUGGUCUUAUUGCCGAGGGUAUGACAUCUGAACGACCCGAUCCAACCAUUGCCGUCAUCUGUGGUGCUGUAGUCAAAGCUCAUAUUGCGUAUGAAGCUUCUUUGGCUAAGUACAAAUCGGUUCUUGACAAAGGUCAAGUCCCACCCAAAGAUACUCUCCAAACCUUCUUCAAGAGCGAGUUCAUUUACGAGAAUGUUCGAUACUCCUUCGCUAUGGCUAAAUCCUCACUCUUCUCAUUUACCCUCUAUCUCAAUGGUGGUCGGAUCUUCGUUGGCGCUCGAAGCUUGAGCGAUGGCGGUCUCCUUAUCGCCCUCGAAGGAGCUUCUCACACGAUCUACUGGCGAGAAGAGGUCGGCGCAAUGGUUCUCUCCAUUGACUCCAAGACUACCGUCAUUGAGGAUGAACAAGAUCCUACACAACUUCGAUCUCCUUCUCCCGGUAAACUCGUUCGAUACCUUGUAGACUCUGGUGAUCACAUUGAUGCCGGUGAAUCUUACGCUGAAAUCGAGGUCAUGAAAAUGAUCAUGCCUGUCACUGCCAGUGAAAGCGGUAUUGCCCAAUUCAUGAAACAACCUGGUCAAACUUUAGCCUCUGGUGAAUUACUCGGUAUCUUGACUCUUGAUGAUCCCACCAAGGUCAAAUUCGCUAAACCAUUCGAGGGUAUUCUUCCAACUUUCGAGCUCAAGAACGGUCGAUACGGUACAAAACCUCAUCAACGACUUCGAGAACACCUCGAGAUACUUUACGACAACCUGCAAGGUUUCGACAACAGCGCUUCCGUCAUCAACUCUCUUCGAAUCGUCGAGUCUACCUUACGAGACGUUGACUUACCUUACUCCAACGCUCAAGAUGUUAUGUCUACCCUCAGCGGCCGAAUCCCUCAAAAGCUCGAAGAGGAAGUCAGAGCUACUCUUGACUCUUGCAGAGCCAAGCAGCUUGAAUUCCCCUCCCUCAAGCUCAAGCGAGCGAUUGACUAUUACAUUGAAGAGAAUGUACCAAUCAAAGAACGAGUUCAAGUCGUAGCAGCUAUCUCUCCUCUUCAAGUCCUCAUUGAUGCUUUCGCUCACGGCCUCAAGGUCCACGAGUGGAGAACCUGGGCCGAUAUGCUCAACUACUUUGCCGAUGUUGAAGAACCAUUCGCUGAUUCCACUCGAACCGCUGAGAACGUUGUUCUCAAGCUUCGAGAAGACAACAAAGACCUCGAUGCGGUGGUCAGACUAGUACUUUCUCACGGCAAGAUCGCUUCGAAAACCAAGCUUGUCCUAGCAUUACUCGAUAUCGUCAAAAGCGAAUCUCCUCGAGCUUCUGUAAAUCCCGAAAGUCAGAUCAAUGCAGCUCUCAACCGAUUGGCUACUCUUGAGUCUCGACCUGCUGCUAAAGUAGCGCUCAAAGCUAAGGAAGUGAUGAUCGUCGGUUCACUUCCAUCUUACCAAGAAAGACUCACGCAGCUCGAGCAACUUCUCAAAGCUUCUGUUACCACCAGCUACUACGGUGAACUCGGUACUGGACAUAGACUUCCCUCUGCUGAUAUGCUAAAGGAAGUCACCGAUUCUCGAUACACCGUCUUUGAUGUCCUCACCACCUUCUUCGAACAUGAAGAUCCUUGGGUUGCUCUUGCUUCUUUGGAAGUAUAUAUCCGACGAGCCUACCGAGUCUACAACGUCAUGCACCUUGAUUACGAGGUUGGAGAGAAUGGUGAACCUCACAUAAUUACUUGGAAGUUCAAGCUUGGAUCUCCUCAGUCCGAACCUGUGACUCCUCGUGUGGACUCUAUGCGGGAUUUCUCUCGAAUCGCUUCCAUGUCCGACCUCAACUACGUUGUUAAUACCAGAACCGAGCCUACUCGAUUCGGUCUCAUGACUUCGUACAACAAACUUACCGAUCUUGAGAACGGAUUCGCCAAGUUAUUGUCCAUGUACCCCUCUUUCAGCCAUGCUGAGUUUGCCGAAAAGUACGGUAGUGAUGCUCGAAGUCCUCACGUCUUGAAUGUUGCAUUAAGACUGUUCAAUGGUGAAGAUUACAAGGAUCAAGACCUCAAUGACAAAUUCCAUGCCCUCGCGAACCAAUACGCCGAUAGGAUCACCGGUAAAGGUAUUCGACGAGUAUCUUUCCUUGCUUGCCGAAAAGGUGAAUACCCCUCUUACUUCACUCUUCGACCUACCUCCGAUGGAUCCUGGAAGGAAGAGGAAGCUAUCAGAAACAUAGAACCUGCACUCGCUUAUCAGCUUGAGCUUGGACGACUGGCCAAUUUUAAGAUCACCCCUCAACCCUCUUCCAACAGACAAAUCCAUGUUUACCAGGCCGUUGGUCGAGAAAAUUCUUCUGAUGUACGAUUCUUCGUUCGGGCACUAUUACGUCCUGGUCGAUUCCAAGGUAACAUGCAAGUCAAGGAAUACCUCAUUUCAGAGACUGAUCGACUCGUGGGAGAUAUUCUUGAUACCUUGGACGUAGUUUCAGGUCAGUUCCGACAAGCCGAUUGUAACCACAUCAGCGUCAACUGUGUCUACUCUCUCAGUGUAUCAUAUGAUGAUCUCCAAGAAGCUCUCGCUGGAUUCAUUGAGCGACACGGCAAACGGUUGUGGCGAUUGCGAGUAACUCAAGCGGAAAUCAGAGUCGUUAUUGAAGAUGAAGAGGGUAACCCAUUACCCAUCCGCGCAUUCAUCGAGAAUGUCUCCGGUUUCGUUGUCAAAUAUGAAGCUUACCAAGAGAUCACCAAUGACAAAGGAAAAUCUAUCCUCAAAUCGAUCGGAGACCAAGGUCAAUUCCAUCUUCAACCUGUCAACUUCCCUUACACCACUAAAGAAUCGCUUCAACCUCGACGUUACCAAGCCCAUCUUACUGGUACCACUUAUGUCUACGACUUCCCUGAUCUCUUCAGACAAGCUGUGGACAAAGCUUGGCGACAACUCACUCAAUAUAUCCCUCAUAUCAAGAUCCCUUCGGACAUCCUUCACGCCUCUGAACUCGUUCUCGAUGAACAUGGUGCAUUGCAAGAAGUCAAUCGUCCUCCUGGUCUCAACACUUUCGGUAUGGUCGCAUGGGUGUUCACCAUGAAGACCCCUGAAUAUCCAAAGGGUCGAAAGGUGGUUGUCAUCUCCAACGAUAUAACCUACCAAAUCGGUUCUUUCGGUCCAAUCGAAGACGACUUCUUCUACAAAGCUACCCAAUACGCCAGACACCAUGGUCUUCCUCGAGUCUACCUUUCCGCAAACUCCGGUGCUCGUAUCGGUCUUGCAGAAGAAGUCAUGGCUCUCUUCGAUGUAGCAUGGAGAGAACCCGGUAAACCUGAAAAGGGUUUCGAUUACCUUUACCUUACUCCUGAAAAACUUGAAAAACUCAACACCCUAGGUGCUGGUAGUGUCAUCACCAACGAGAUUGAAGUUAAUGGCGAACGAAGACAUCAAAUCACCUCUAUUAUCGGUCUCAAAGAUGGUUUAGGUGUAGAGUGUCUUAGAGGAUCAGGUUUGAUCGCUGGUGAAACCGCCAGAGCUUACGAUGAUAUCUUCACCAUUUCUCUGGUCACCGCCCGAUCAGUCGGUAUCGGUGCUUACCUCGUCAGACUCGGUCAACGUGUUGUACAAGUAGAGAGUCAACCUAUCAUCUUGACUGGUGCUCAAGCUAUCAACAAGGUCUUGGGGAAAGAAGUUUACACUUCAAACAUUCAACUUGGUGGUCCUCAAAUCAUGUACAAGAAUGGUAUUUCUCAUCUUGUUGCCGCUAGUGACUUGGACGGUGCCCUUCAGAUUAUCAACUACUUGAUGUUCAUUCCUGACCGACGAGGACGAGCUAUUCCUAUCCUUCCAACCGGCGACUCAUGGGACCGAAGUGUUGAUUGGAAACCCACUAAAGCAGCUUACGAUCCCCGAAACUUCCUUGCUGGUUGUUACGAGGAUGUAGAUGGUGUCAACACCUGGAAGUCGGGUAUUCUUGACAACGGCAGUUUCUUCGAGACAAUGGGUGGAUGGGCUCAAACCAUCGUGACUGGACGAGGACGACUUAAUGGUAUCCCUGUUUCCGUCAUUGCAGCUGAAACUCGAUCCAUUGAAAGAGUUGACCCCGCUGAUCCUGCCAACGAAAACUCCCACGAAUCAAGAGUAUCGCUCGCCGGUACAGUAUGGUUCCCGGAUUCUUCAAGAAAGACCGCCACCGCUAUCGAGGAUUCCAACAGAGAAGGUCUUCCUUUGGUCAUCUUUGCCAAUUUCCGAGGUUUCUCUGGUGGAAUGUCAGAUAUGGCUCAAGCUAUCUUGAAAGAAGGAGCCAAGAUCGUUGAUGGUCUCUCAAGUUAUCGACAUCCCGUUAUCGUCUACCUUGUUCCUAAUGGUGAAUUGAGAGGUGGUGCUUGGGUAGUGUUAGACCCUUCGAUUAACCCUGAACACAUGUCAAUGUUCGUUGAUAAUGAGUCCCGAGGUGGUGUGUUGGAACCCGAGGGUAUCGUUGAAGUCAAAUACCGAAGACCAAAGGUGCAAGCUACAAUGGCUCGACUUGAUUCCGAUUAUGCUGAACUCAAGAAAGCUUCUGAAGACCCCAAUGCCAAUGCUGAAGAAAAACUUGCGGCCACCACUAAACUCGAGGCUCGUGAAAAACACCUUCAACCUGCUUACCAAUCUGUUGCCUUGGAGUUCGCCGACUUGCACGAUCGAAGUGGACGAAUGAAGGCCAAGGCUGACUGUAUACCGUGCGACUGGGAGCAUUCACGACGAGCGAUUUACUGGUCAUUGAGAAGAAAGUUGAGCGAAGUUCGAAUAAUGAAAAAGCUUUCUACUGCCAAUCCUGAUUUGACAUACCCCGAACGAAAAGAAUUGUUAUCACAGUUUAUCCCCACAGAACUCGGAUCUGAUUCUGACGUCGCUGCGUAUAUUGAGAAACAAGGUGAAGCAGUGGAGAAUUUCGUACAGAGCAUAAGGGACGAAUACUGUGCCGAGACUUUGGUUUCAUGGGCAUCAAGUAAUCAAGAAGGUGUAAUGUCAGGAUUCAAGAGAAUACUCGAAGGUUUAUCACCUGAACAAAAAGCUGAAGUGUUGGCUGAAUUAGGUGUUACAUCUAACCCUUAA